AGUGUGAGUCGGUGACUUCAUUAGAAGAGGAUCACUGUCGGUGAAGCCUUGCGAAACAACAGGAUCCUUCUGCCUCAAUUUGUAUUUUAGAAUAAUAAGUUAGAGAGACGUCUUUAAGGGAGAAGGUUGAAGCUUCGAGUUGGUUGUGAGUGAGGAGACGCAGUCAAUCAUCUAAAGAGAAACCACAGCUCAGGCAAAGUACAGUAGGAGGCAGCCAUGAAGAAAAUGGACGACACAUCUACAGGCAGCUGGACUCUAACCAACAACCCUACCUCCUCUGCAGGGAAGAACUCCUGCCAUCCCAAUCUGAAGAUGUUUCUUGCAGCAUUGUCCUUUGCCUACUUUGCCAAGGCUUUAACUGGCAGCUACAUGAAGAGCACAAUUACACAACUAGAAAGGCGAUUCGACAUCCCCAGUUAUCUGAUCGGCAUCAUAGAUGGCAGCUUUGAAAUAGGGAAUUUGUUGGUCAUUGCCUUUGUGAGCUAUUUUGGUGCCAAACUCCACCGACCUAAGAUCAUCGCAAUUGGAUGUAUCUUGAUGUCUUUUGGGACCUUUUUGAUCGCCAUGCCUCAUUUCAUCAUUGACCGCUAUAAGAUCGAAACAUCAGUUAGAUGGUCUGUGAAUUCAACCAAUAACCUCUCUCCAUGUCCAGCAAGCUCACCUGAGUCCACCAGGGCUGGUGACAGACCUGCUAUACUGCCCUCUAGAGGCUGUGAGCGAGAGUCCAGUGUUUCAAUGUGGGUCUAUGUUUUUCUGGGAAAUGUCCUGCGUGGGAUUGGAGAGACUCCAGUGCAGCCUUUGGGCAUCUCCUAUAUUGAUGACUACGCACAGUCAGAGAAUGCUGCCCUCUAUAUUGGAUGUGUCCAAACUAUAUCAAUCAUCGGUCCUGUCUUUGGGUACCUGCUGGGAUCGCUGUGUGCCAAGAUCUACGUUGACAUUGGUUAUGUGGACAUGGAGACGGUGACCAUCACCCCUGGUGAUGCCCGCUGGGUGGGGGCAUGGUGGCUGGGCUACCUGAUCGCUGGUACCAUCACCCUCAUGUCUGCUGUUCCUUUCUGGUUCCUGCCUAAAUCACUGCCCAUGCCUGUGGAUAAACACGAUACCAGCUGCACUCCAGAGCAAACCAGGUUUAUCAAAGAUUCCCCAACCAUGGAGCACAAGUUCAGACCUGAGGAGCCGGCUAAUUUACAUCAGAUGGCCAAAGAAUUUCUACCCACAUUGAAGAGUCUCCUUGGAAAUCCGGUUUACAUCACUUUUUUAUGCGUGACCAUCAUUCAGUUCAACUCUCUCAUCGGGAUGGUCACCUACAAACCAAAAUACAUCGAGCAACACUACGGCCAGUCAGUGUCAAAAGCCAAUUUUCUCAUGGGCAUGAUCAACAUCCCGGCUGUGGCCCUUGGUAUGUUCUCUGGAGGGGUCGUCAUGAAGAAGUACAAGCUGGGUAUCAUGGGAGCAGCUAAAUUCACCUUUGGGACCUCGUUGCUGGGCUACUUCCUGUCGCUCAUUUUCUUAGUCAUGGGCUGUGAGAACUCCAAGGUGGCAGGCAUCACAGUCUCAUAUACCGGAGUGGAAGGCUUGUCUUAUCAGGAACAGUCUCUCUCCUCUGACUGUAACUCGGGUUGCUUGUGCUCAAGAAGGGAGUGGGAUCCGGUGUGUGGGGAGAACGGGAUCACCUACAUGUCCCCCUGCUUGGCUGGAUGCACCUCCUCCACUGGGGCCGGCAGAAAUACGGUGUUUGACAAUUGUAGUUGUGUAUUUCUGGCUGACACCCAACAAGGCAACUCAACGGCCACUCUGGGCCAGUGUCCACGCAGAGACAGCUGUGACAAAAUCUUUCCUUACUUCCUGGCUCUGUCUGUGCUCAGCUCCUUCAUCAUCUCUCUUGGGGGAACACCCGGCUUCAUGCUGCUUGUCAGGUGCAUUAAGCCUGAGCUAAAAUCCCUUGCUCUUGGAAUCUACACGUUGGCCACUCGCACCCUCGCUGGAAUACCUGCCCCAAUAUACUUUGGAGCCAUUAUCGACACAACGUGCCUCAAAUGGGGAAUCAAGAUGUGUGGAGGAAGAGGAGCAUGCAGAAUAUACAACACCUCAGCUUACAGGAUGGUGUACCUGGGCCUGACUCUGGGCUUAAGGACAAUCUCCUUCCUUCUCUGUAUUUCAGGCUUUUCUCUACUCAAAAUACAUAUAAAGGAGGAGGAGAAAAAUGCUCCGACCAAUGGGAGUGCAGAGUUGGAGUCACUAAGGAAAGAAGAGAAGAGUUCCAUACACUGUGAGCCGUUUAUACUGGCCUCGGACUGCAAUCCCGACAGAGAGACUCACUUGUGAGCCUCAGCACAAGCUCUUCUCUUCUGACUCCGCUCUAUGGAGCAUCUCAGUCAGAUGCAUAGAGAAACACAAACUGUGGACACUUUUAAUAGCAUUCAGAGUAUAUAUUUGAACGGGAUUUGUGGAGAUGACGAGUCAUUCUUAAAACAAAAUAUACUAUUUCUGGAAUAUGUGUUUUUCAUGAUUGGAAGACUUUUGUAGAAAACAAGAAUGUAAUUCUGCUGUAUUUUCUAGGUUGGUCUUCGUUUUUAUGAAUAAAUUAGAUGAAAUGCAUUUUGGGAUUCAACAUAUAUAUAUUAAAGGUGCAGUGUAUAGAAUCUGGCGGCAUUUAGAGGUGACGUUGCAGAUUUCAGCCAACUGAAACUUCCCCUGUGUGCCAAACGUGUAGGAGAACUACGUUGGCUGACGCAAAAAUGCAAAGUUAGUGUCUUCUGUGAACAAAUAAGGUCAACAAGCAGAUCAACGCUUAAGCAGCACAGCAGCAGCUAAAAGACUUUCCCGUUGGCAAACUGGGGAACUUCCUGUACAGAUGUAACAAAAAGCAUCCCUUCACUUAGAUUAAACCAUUGUUUGUGUUGCUGUGGUAUCAGCCUUUUCAGGGACUUCAUUUUUUACAUCACCAUGACAAUAAGAGACACACUUUCUGGGGUUUAAAAUGUUUAUUUGUCAUGUUCAUAUACCAACCAAACUGUCACAAAUGUCGGUGGCAGGAAAUGCCAGGCCAACUCUAAAUUUUUUGUCAAAUUAUGCAUAUUAAGGUUUUAAGGUAGAUCUAUCAUUCCAGGAUGCUUAGUAAACACUAUUUCAUUAUUAUCUGUUAAAACAAAGACGCUGAUAAUCAGCACAUCAAGUCAAGGGACAAGUGUGCUUAUCUCACUGAAAUAAAUGAACAUGGCCUACUGUUUGUUUAAUCUCAUCAAUUAAAAUAUGUGCCUCAG